GCGCGCGCGCGGCCAUGGAGCGGAGCGGGCGCCGCCGCCGCCGGCUCUGAGCGGAGGGAGCGACAACGGGAGCGACGGACGGCGACAGCGGGACAGCCUCCGCCCGGCCCGCGCCCCGCAGAAUGGACUGCUGAAUUGGGAUUUAUUGCAGACUCAACAGUACAGCACUGCUCGUUGCUUCAUCUAUUACUAGUUAUUUAAAUUGGACUUUUAAUAUCCUGCCAGCUGCUGUCCACACACACAUGGUGCAUUGUUGCCAUUCUCAGAAUUGCAUCUUUGAAACCCAGACCCUCAGUAACCUUCAUCGAAGAAAGAGGCGACCUCCUGCGUACUUUUAUAGAGGGAUUUUUUGGGCCUGCUGCCCUCUGGCUUUCUUGCUGGUGCUGUAUUUCUGAGACACUAUGGAGCCCAGUAUGGAGUACUGCUUGGCGCAGGUGCUGCAGAAGGAUGUUGGAAAGAGACUUCAGGUUGGCCAGGAACUGAUCGAUUACUUCUCAGAUAAACAGAAGUCAGCUGACCUUGAACACGAUCAGACUAUGCUGGAUAAAAUGGUUGAUGGACUGGCCACUUCUUGGGUAAAUUCCAGCAAUUAUAAGGUGGUUCUCCUGGGCAUUGACAUCAUUUCCGCACUAGUGUCCCGCUUACAAGAUCGCUUCAAGGCCCAGAUUGGCACAGUUCUGCCAAGUUUACUUGAUAGGCUGGGAGAUUCUAAGGACUCUGUGAGGGAGCAGGAUCAGACCUUGCUGCUGAAAAUCAUGGAACAAGCUGCUAACCCUCAGUACGUGUGGGACAGGAUGCUGGGAGGAUUCAAACACAAGAAUUUUCGGACAAGAGAAGGGAUUUGCCUCUGCCUUAUUGCAACACUCAAUGCAUCUGGAGCUCAGAGUUUAACACUGAGUAAGAUAGUGCCACAUAUAUGUAACUUACUUGGAGAUCCAAACAGCCAGGUUCGAGAUGCAGCAAUAAACAGCCUUGUGGAAAUUUACAGACAUGUUGGUGAACGUGUAAGGGCUGAUCUCAGUAAAAAAGGAUUACCACAGUCUCGGUUGAAUGUAAUUUUUACAAAAUUCGAUGAGGUCCAAAAAUCUGGAAACAUGAUCCAGAGUUCAGGUGAUAAAAUUUUUGAUGAUGAAGACUCCGUGGAUGGGAACAGACCUUCCUCAGCCAGCUCCUCUACAUCUUCCAAGGCCCCUGCAAACUCGCGCAGAGUUGGGAUGGGGACUACCCGCAGACUUGGGUCUGCACCUCUGGGCUCCAAGUCUUCUACAGCCAAAGAGGGAGCAGGUGCUGUGGAUGAAGAAGACUUCAUUAAGGCAUUUGAAGAUGUCCCAACGGUUCAGAUUUAUUCCAGCCGGGAUCUUGAGGAAUCCAUAAACAAAAUCAGAGAGAUACUAUCAGAUGAUAAGCAUGACUGGGAACAGAGAGUUUCCGCGUUGAAAAAGAUCCGCUCCUUACUUUUGGCUGGAGCUGCAGAAUAUGAUAACUUCUUCCAACACUUAAGGCUUUUGGAUGGAGCAUUUAAAUUAUCUGCUAAAGAUCUACGGUCUCAAGUAGUACGAGAGGCUUGUAUCACGUUGGGACAUUUGUCAUCAGUUCUGGGAAACAAGUUUGACCAUGGGGCAGAAGCCAUCAUGCCAACAAUUUUUAAUCUAAUUCCGAAUAGUGCCAAAGUCAUGGCCACUUCUGGUGUUGUAGCAGUUAGAUUAAUCAUUCGACAUACGCACAUCCCUCGGUUAAUACCCAUCAUAACCAGUAAUUGUACCUCCAAGUCUGUUGCAGUUAGAAGGCGCUGUUACGAAUUUUUAGACUUGCUGUUGCAGGAGUGGCAAACACACUCCCUAGAAAGACACAUAUCAGUGUUAGCUGAAACAAUAAAGAAGGGAAUUCAUGAUGCAGACUCUGAAGCCAGGAUAGAGGCAAGGAAGUGUUACUGGGGUUUCCACAGUCACUUCAGCCGAGAGGCAGAGCAUUUGUACCACACCUUGGAGUCUUCCUACCAGAAGGCCCUGCAGUCACAUUUGAAGAACUCUGACAGCAUCGUGUCCUUGCCACAGUCAGAUCGCUCCUCCUCCAGCUCCCAGGAGAGUCUCAACCGUCCACUGUCUGCCAAAAGAAGUCCUACUGGAAGUACUACAUCUAGAGCAUCUACAGUAAGUACAAAAUCUGUGUCAACACCAGGAUCUCUGCAGCGAUCCCGCAGUGACGUCGAUGUGAAUGCAGCAGCUAGUGCCAAGUCAAAAGUGACGUCUUCUGGAGCAUCCACCCCCUUCAGUUCUGCUGCAGCCUUGCCCCCAGGGUCAUACGCAUCACUAGGUCGGAUCCGUACGAGGAGACAGAGCUCUGGCAGUGCCACAAGUGUCACCUCGACGCCUGCUGAUACUCGAGGCCGCAGCCGGGCUAAAGUAGUUUCCCAGUCCCAGCGAUCGAGAUCAGCUAAUCCUGCUGGUGCUGGUAGCCGGUCUAGUUCUCCGGGUAAGCUCUUAGGAAGCUCCUAUGGUGGCCUGAGCGGCGGAACAUCCAGAGUCCAACCAGUGCCAUCAUCUUCAGAGAAGCGCAGCAAGAUUCCUCGGAGCCAGGGAUGCAGUCGAGAGACGAGUCCCAACAGAAUAGGACUAGCACGGAGCAGUCGUAUCCCCCGACCCAGCAUGAGUCAGGGGUGCAGUCGUGAUACCAGCCGUGAGAGCAGUCGAGAUACAAGCCCUGCUCGGGGCUUUCCUCCACUUGACCGGUUUGGACUCGGACAGCCAGGCAGGAUGCCUGCUUCUGUGAAUGCCAUGCGAGUCCUGAGCACCAGCACAGAUCUGGAGGCUGCUGUGGCCGAUGCACUGCUGUUAGGAGACUCCAGGAGCAAGAAAAAGCCAGUGAGAAGAAGAUAUGAACCCUAUGGGAUGUACUCUGAUGACGAUGCCAACAGCGACGCAUCAAGCGCUUGCUCGGAGCGCUCCUAUGGCUCCAGGAAUGGGGGCAUUCCACACUACCUGCGACAGACAGAAGAUGUGGCUGAGGUCCUGAACCACUGUGCCAGCUCCAACUGGUCUGAAAGGAAGGAAGGGCUCAUAGGUCUUCAGAAUUUACUGAAAAGCCAGCGGACACUGAGCCGAGUCGAGUUAAAAAGGCUGUGUGAAAUAUUUACUCGCAUGUUUGCUGACCCUCACAGCAAGAGAGUCUUCAGCAUGUUUCUGGAAACCCUGGUUGAUUUCAUCAUCAUUCAUAAAGAUGACUUGCAGGACUGGCUUUUUGUUCUCCUGACCCAGUUGCUAAAGAAAAUGGGAGCAGAUUUGUUGGGGUCUGUGCAGGCGAAAGUUCAAAAAGCUCUGGAUGUUACCAGGGAUUCUUUUCCGUUUGAUCAGCAAUUUAACAUUUUGAUGAGGUUUAUUGUAGAUCAGACCCAAACACCAAAUCUGAAGGUGAAAGUUGCUAUCCUGAAGUAUAUUGAGUCCUUGGCAAGACAGAUGGAUCCAACAGACUUUGGAAACUCCAGUGAGACAAGGCUUGCUGUAUCUAGAAUUAUAACUUGGACAACAGAACCAAAGAGCUCAGAUGUGAGAAAGGCAGCACAAAUAGUCCUGAUUUCUCUCUUUGAAUUGAACACUCCUGAGUUUACCAUGUUACUUGGUGCCUUGCCAAAAACAUUCCAGGAUGGUGCUACCAAGCUCCUGCACAACCACCUCAAGAACUCCAGUAACACCAGUGUGGGUUCCCCCAGCAAUACCCUUGGUCGGACUCCUUCCCGGCACUCCAGCAGCAGAACCAGCCCCUUAACUUCACCUACCAACUGUUCCCAUGGUGGACUGUCUCCAAGUCGGCUCUGGGGUUGGAGUGCAGAUGGGCUGUCGAAGCACCCCCCUCCCCUUUCUCAGCCUAACUCCAUCCCCACUGCUCCUUCCCACAAGACUUUCAGACGCUCUUACUCUCCCAGUAUGCUGGAUUAUGACACGGAGAACCUAAAUUCUGAUGAAAUCUACAGCUCUCUUCGCGGAGUCACAGAAGCGAUUGAAAAGUUUAGUUUCCGUAGUCAAGAGGACCUGAAUGAGCCAAUCAAACGUGAUGGAAAGAAAGACUGCGACAUUGUGUCUCGAGAUGGUGGCCUUGCUCUCCCUACUGGAGAUGUCCGUGGAGGCAGUGACAUUGUGGAAGGUGGAAGGAUGGCUCUAGAUAACAAAACCUCCCUGCUGAACACGCAGCCUCCCCGCGCCUUUUCAGGGCCACGUGCUCGAGAGUAUAACCCCUAUCCUUAUGCUGACACCAUUAACACGUACGACAAGACUGCCCUGAAGGAAGCAGUGUUUGAUGAUGACAUGGACCAGCUUCGGGAUGAAGGACCCAUUGACCAUUCAGAUUUGGUGGCUGAUCUUCUGAAAGAGCUUUCCAACCACAACGAGCGGGUGGAGGAGCGGAAAGGAGCUCUCCUGGAAUUGCUAAAGAUCACAAGGGAGGAUAAUCUCGGAGUUUGGGAAGAGCAUUUCAAAACCAUUCUGCUCUUGCUGCUGGAAACGCUUGGAGACAAAGAUCAUUCAAUAAGAGCCCUGGCGCUGCGAGUCCUGAGAGAGAUCUUACGGAACCAGCCGGCAAGGUUUAAGAAUUAUGCAGAGUUGACUAUCAUGAAAACACUGGAAGCACAUAAGGAUUCCCACAAGGAGGUCGUCAGAGCUGCCGAAGAAGCUGCUUCCACGCUGGCGAGUUCCAUCCACCCUGAGCAGUGCAUCAAGGUGCUUUGCCCCAUCAUUCAGACUGCAGAUUAUCCAAUUAACUUGGCUGCCAUCAAAAUGCAGACAAAAGUCAUUGAGAGGAUUUCCAAGGAAUCGUUGCAUCAGCUCCUACCUGAUAUCAUUCCUGGGUUGUUACAGGGCUAUGAUAACACAGAGAGCAGUGUCCGUAAAGCCAGCGUGUUUUGCCUAGUGGCAAUUUAUUCAGUAAUUGGAGAAGAACUGAAACCUCAUCUCGCACAACUCACAGGAAGCAAGAUGAAGCUACUAAACUUGUAUAUAAAGAGGGCCCAGACCACCAACAGCAACAGCAGUUCCUCUUCAGAUGUUUCAACGCACAGUUAAUGGAGAUAUGUGGACAUAUGUGUAGACUUAGAAGCAAUCAACGGUGCCUCUCAGAGACCUUUCUGCUACUCUUCACUGGCACGCUCCAUCCGCUUAAGGAGGCCAUGCAGAUAUUUAUUGCAAUCAGUAUUUUAGUCCCUUAAGAGCUUUUAUGUAGAAUCUUACUGGUAUUGAAUGUAAAGGAAGCAAGGUCUGUGUUGCAGUCUUCAUUAAAAGUGAACAACAGGAAGCCAUACUUAAACAUAUUGGUAUAGCCUGCUGAAAUCUCAGAAGUAUGUUUAAGUUAGCGUUCCAACACUGAGUCCAAGAACCUGGACACAUGUAAAAGUCAAACAAAUCUUGUUGGUUUAGUUUAUCCCGUUUUGGUUUCUGUGUGCUAGUUACCUGCUCUCUCCCCACAGCCAUUCUGGCUAGGUUCUCCUCUUCUUACAAGUCUUGUGUUCCUGUUUUGUGCUCCCUGUUGUAGCUUGCCUGACUUGCAGGGCUCUUCACGGGGAGAUCUUUGCAGAUGUGGCUGUGAUUUCAGCCUCAGAUGCUUUAAUACUGAGAGAUACCAAGUGAGUAAUGAAAAAGUAGGUUCUUUAUAAACACCUGAGUUUUUGUACAUAGUUCUGACAGACCCUGGAUGGGCUGAUCUCUCUCCAGCCAGCUGUGCUGUGCGUAACAGCUGGGAUUUUGCUCCUUUCAUUGACUGUGUAAAUAUUUCUCCCCUCUCAACCCAUUUGGCUCUUUCAUAUGCUUAAAAGACUCUCCAGGUUACUUCUUACUCCCCAAAGGGAACCUGAGACCCAGUUCUGGGACUGAUGUCUGCGAAUAGGAUGGUGGAGUUAGGUGGGUGGGGAUUGGGUUAGGCUCUGUGGGUCUUCAUGGGUGGACGGUGGGAGCUGGCAGAGCUGUACCUCAGUGCCAGAUGUUUUUCUUGAAGUCUGUAGCAUCAAAGGGCUGAUCUGCUGCUCUGACUGACCCACUGGUGCUGGGUGGUGAGUGGCUUUGUCCCCACAGCUCCUUUGUGCUUUGGGCAAAAUGUUCAUCCCAGAGGACAGAAAGGGUGUCUGAAUCUGAGCAGAAAUACCACAUGGAAGCACCUCUGAACCAGCUGGGACAGUGCUGGUUGCCUGCCACAGCUCUUCCUGUGCCUGAAGACCCUGCAGUGCUGUUAACUACCCUUAGAAGCCUCCUCCUUCCUGGCCAUCCUGACACAUAGGCCUGCAGGGUGCUCUGCAUUUCAGAGCAGUGCAGAGGGCCCUUGCUGGGCACUGCUGUCAGCAGGGUGCUCUGGGUGAGGGUGUAGCAGGGCAAAUCCUUUUGCAGCCUGAUGACACAGACCACAUCAGAGGCAAACCAGCAGCAGUCAAAUAACAUUCAGCACCACCCUUUCCCAAAUAAAGACCCUUCUGUUUGCAAAGGGGGAGCUCCCCCUGGCUCUGCCUGUAACCAGGGAAAGUACGAUGUUGCUGAUUAGUGCUGUGUUUGGCCCUGGCCUGGAUCCUGGCUGAUGGGCAUGCCCACUCCAAACCUGCAGCAGAUCACAACUGGGUUUUGUCCCCAGUGCCAGUGAUGCAAGAGGAUGGUGGACAUGCAGCUUACGGCUGCAGCUGUGGUGAUGGAUGUAUGUUCCCUGGCUGCUGUCAGUGCCUUGGAGUUUCUCCAGCUUCCUCCAUUUCCACUUUGGGGAGCUGAAGGGACACCUUGGGAACAUACUGAGAACAUGAGACUUUCCAUUACUGCAGCAGGGAAGGGUAAAGCCCCUUCCAUCAGUUCAUCCCUCUGUGUCUCAGCCCCAUCCCUGAGGAGCUAUGCUGGGAGCUGAUGCUUGGUGCCAGCUCCUCUCCCAGUACUCAUCUCAGGAGGGAUUGGGCUGGUGAGGACUAUGUGGUAUUGGGCUGCAAAGCUUGUUGGUCCCUUUUGCUGCUCACAUGAGAGCAGAGAAGGUGACCACCUCCUGAUUUAUACAUGUCCAGGCCUUUUCUGGCUGCAGGGCUAGUUCCCUCAUCUUUCCCAACAACUAAUACUAUGGCAGGAGAAACUGUGUGCAGUCCUGGUGUGUGGGAUUCUGCAGGCUCAGAAAAGCCAUCCUCAGUAAAGGAAGGAUUGGCUGCUCCAUAGUUUGUGUCUCCCUUUCUGUGGACCAUUUCUUUUCAACAUCUUUCAAUAUGCUUGUCAGAAUGCUCUUUUUAAAAUUUUUUUGAAUUAUUCAAAUUUUAUUUUAACACAAAUUUAUUUUUCCUUUUGAGGAAAUAUUCAGCUGACUUGUUGGCAGCAGUUAGCUGUCUUGUUUGAAUUUUUAGUAGUGGGUUAGGCUUUUUGGGGGUGUUUUUGUUUUUUUUUUAAUUUGUACUUCUAACUGCUUAGUAUUUAUGCCUUUCUUUCUCCCCAUCUCAGUUCAGCAUCUUCUGUUCCAGUUCUGGGGUUCAGAAGGUCAGCACAGUUGACCAGGUGGUGUUAGUCCCUCCCAGCUGUGAUGGAGCUUGGUCCAUCAUUGUUUGCUGUUUGUUGGUUUGGUGUUUUUUUUUUUCUUUGAAUGGCACACUGUAGCAAAUCUCCAGGAAUUGAAUUCCUUUUCAAAUGAUUUUAUAUAUUUUAUAAAAUCCUGUUAGUAUGCACUGAGAGUGAAUGCACUGUAACGUCCCUGACAUGACACCUCAGUCGGAGUUGACAGCUCGUCCUUGCAAAGGUGUGUGACCUGCUGCAGGCAGCGACCAGCCUGCGCUCUCCGAUGUCAUUGGCACCCCUGGGGCUGCACAUGGUAGAAUCAGGCCUUACUUUCUGAAUCAAAUUCAGUUCUGUUUGUCAACAGAUGCUCAUUAAUGUGCUACUUAAUUUCGUUUUGUGAGUCAGUCGAGGACUGUUCAUCCUUUGAGUACUCUAGAAGUGUGUUAUACCUGUAUACAGUAGGGAGCAUUCUGCUUUAGGUAUUUAUAAAUCAUUGCGUAUAAUGUACAUAGUAAAGUUGUUUAGUAUGUUGAACAUGACCCAAUUUUUAUUUUGUGUUUCCUUUGAAGUACUCAAAGGGCUAGCUCUGAAUGUCACCUCUCUGAUCUCCAGUUUUGACUUCAACAAGCUGUACAAUCAUUUUGUUUUCUCUUCAGCAAGCAUAAAGGUCUCUCUGGCUACAAAUCACAGUGUCCACGCAGGCUUGCAGAGGAAGGUCUGCAUGCUGCAGUGUCUCACCGCACCGGUGAAGCUUGUGUUCACGUUCUCCUGGCAGUAGCCACCUACUGCAGCUGCCUUUUUUUUUUUCUUGCUGCCCAUUAUGCAGGGCUUCAAUUUUUCGUAACCUUUAAAAAAAAAAAAAAAAAAGAGGAAAAAAAAAAAGAGGUUAGAAAAAAAAGGAAAAAAGUGUAUUUUCUUUGCCCACCAUGCUUUAAAAAUCUGAAUGGGAGAAAACUCUCAGCAGACAGCAGCUCUUGGCUGCAAGGUUGCCGAAAUCUCAGAUGUGGAUGUUUUUUCUGCCAUUGGCUGCACCAGUGCUCCGUGGGCAUGGGCAAAUACAGGCUCCAUCCGCCCCACAGGUCUACGUACUGUAGUUCUCAUGUAGUUCAGAAAUAUCGAGGCAUGUGGCUUUCUUAAGGUACACUAUGUGUGCUUGCCUGGAUUACAAUACAAUACAAGACUGUCUUUUUAAUGCUUAUUACUAGCUUACCAAUAACCUGUAUAAGUAAUGUAACUUGCAUCUUUGUCAUCAAAACCUUUUCUCCCCACCCCUUUAUUUAUCAAGCAUAAUAUUACAUAUUAAGGGACAGAAAACUAGACCUUUGUAGUAUACACAGGACGUUGCUAACAAUGUUUUAAAUGGGAAGUAAAAAACGCUCUGAAAAAUGCCAGCCAUGAGAAAUGACUUUGUUGGCACCGUGUUCAUGCGCAUGUAUUUUUUUCUAUUUUUUCCGCUUUUGUCAUGUUACAUCCAUAUCUGUAUUUAUAUCUUAUUUGUUUCACUUUUGAGUGUAUCAUGGCAAUUGUACAGAUGUUUUUUGUUAACAUUUACGUGAUAGAAUUUGCUAAAAAAAAAAAAUUAAAAUAAAACCUUUUGAGUUUGCCCUAGAAUAA